AUGUCUCACAGUCCCUCCUCCUCCAAGAAGCCUACUUUUUCUGCCCAGGAACCACCCUUCAAGUCCAAGGAGUACGUUGACAUGGCUAUUUUCCAGUCAUGGCUCAAGGACGCCAUACUCGUAGCAAUCGAUCUCGAAGGCAUCGACCAUCGCAGUGGCCGGUACGCCGAGGGGCUAGAGACGCAUGAAAAAGUCUCAGAGGUUGGUGUCUCGUACAUCGACAACCGGAAGAACCAUUUCACCUACGAUAGGGACUCUUCUACCGAGCAAUUAUCCAGCAUCUCGAAAGGCAUUGUCAGCCAACACAUCAUCAUCAACCGUUGGCGCAACUUUACCGAAGAGACGUGUGACGCAUCGCACCACAAAAGGCUCGGAGUGCCACAUACGGCUAUGCCGUAUCACUGCAUGGUUGCGGAGUCCCAAUUCCGGACCCAUGACGAAGCAAUCUCGGAUCUCGACCGUCUUCUGAAAGAUCUCUCGACCAAAAAUCUCACCGAAGAGGAAAUCCAGGCAGACCAGCACCGUGUGGUGAUUGUGCUUUACUGGGAUGCGAGAAUGGAAGUGCAGUGGUUCCACGACAUGGGAUACGAGGUCGGCCGGUGGGGAGCCCUGCAGUGGGACUUCCAGAAGUUUAAGGCUUUUCGCUCUAAAUUCGGACAGGCUAAGACCGCCGCUGGAAAGGUCUUUGCAAGCCUUGGGGUUCGCGCGACAAACCCCGGUAACAUGGGCGUGCUACAUAACGCCACAAACGACACCUUCGCUCAGCUUGUUGCCCUUCUUCGGUGCAUGGUUAUCACCGAGGAGGAGUGGAGAAUGUGGAGUGGUCCAUACGGUGGGUCGCUGGACGCCGUCGACCUCUCAUGGAUCGGCGACGAGAUCUUGAAGACAAACCAGAAGCUUCGCCCAAUUCUUCCACCGGGAGAGAAGCCACAGGAUGUCGAGGAUCCGGAGGAGGAGGAGGAGCCCGAGACUGUCGUCGUGCACGAAAGUGCAAUGGCGGAGAUCGAAUGGGGUAUCGCUUCUACCUCUGUCAGAAACGCCAACACGUCGAAGCCAAGCACCUGGGCUGACGCUUUGCGCAAGCCGGCAGAGGAGGUUGAAGAGGUCAACACCCCAUGGUCAUCGGGCUGGACUUGGGAUUACUCGACCUGGACGUCAUCCUCCGGGGGCGAGAAGUCAACCAAGACGUGGUCGUCCGCCGCCGAUUCCUUGGGCUGGAGGUCAACCAAGACCUGGUCGACCGCUGGCGAUUGCGCAGAACCUGUCAAGGAGAAGGACCAUGUCGAACUGCCCUCAGCACAGACGAGCAACUCACAACCCACCAGCACCGAAAGUGAGCGUAGCUCUUCCCAAUCCACCACAAAGGCUGAGGGAAGCGAGUGGACCGUUGUCGGCAACCGAAAGCCCAAGCCCCAGGCCAAAAAGUCUGUCAGAUGGGCAAGCAAAGAGAUUUCCCCGGUGGACAACAUGCACCGCCAAUCCAACAAGGGACCCAGAAGGCGCGACAACAGGUCCUUCAAGGUGAACAACGACAUGCCCCAUACCAAAGCUUGUCAUAAACCCAAGGACAAUCUCCCAACAGCACCAGCCAUGCAACAGGCCAACCACAAGCCCUCCAGCGUCGAAAAUACCAUGCCCUCUGGGAAACCAAAGCCCCUCCCCAAACCAUCAGCUGCUCCCUUGCACUGGGCUAAGCUCCAUGCAACAGAUGGUAGACCAGUGCGAUGA